CCUCUUUUCUCUUAAAACUACUUUCUGCUCCCCUCCCUCUCGCUUUCUUCACUGACAGAGAAAAUACCUGCACAAUUUCUCACGCACGCACGCAUUCGCUCUCACAUCUCUCGGCCAGCCCAGCGAGCCGGCCAGCCCAACGAGCCGGCCAGCCCAGCCAUGGCUAUCAUAAGAGCCACUGCAGCAGAGCAGAACAGAGCAGAGCAUGGCAGAGGAGAGAGAAGACAGAGAGUGAGAGGGGGCUCUUUGGUUUUCUUUGGAGGGAGAGCUAUCCAGGAUAUCAUACACGGCUACCUCACCCCGGCCUCCCCCUCGCCUGACACCCCCUGAUUCGUCGAAUCCCAAUUAAUUCACAAGGUCCCCAAUAUAAACAGGCCCCAGAGGCCACCCAAGGGGACAGAACCCCAGCUCCUCCUUUGCUCCCCGUUUCCCCGUUCCUCUCCUUCUCUUGACUCACUCCAGUGGUUAGGAAGGGGGCCUCUUAUUUUGUUUGCUACUGCGAAGCGUUUGGUCCCCUGCUCUGGUACUGCUGAUGCUUCUAUUCUUUGUUCUUGCUGUGUGGUUUGCAUUAAAACUUGACAAGCCUCCUCUGUUGUCAUCUGUUGCGUAGCGUUGUUCUUUCUGGCUCUAUAGUAAUUUAUCCUUUGCUUCUGCUUCUGGGUUUCUAGUAGGUUGUUUAAGUUUUACGCUCGGUAACUUACUGUUUGGCUUUCGGUUUCCCCCCCGGGCUUCGAGAAAAUCUUAUAAGGGUCUUGCUUCUCAGUUGUUUACAUUGCUGCCUUUUUUUUUCUGCGGAGGUGUUUUUCUUCCUACUCUCUCAGCAUUCUUGCGAGGACUGCUUUUAAAAUAUUGCAUAUAGAUUUUAAACACCACAUGGAGGUAGAAGGAGAAAUGGCUGCUUGGUAUAAUAUGUAAUCUUUCUUUUCUGUUGCUUCUGUUUCAGCUUUCGGACUUUCUUUUUCGACUGGGUGUCGAUGGAGAGCUACGGCCACCACUUCGAUAGCAGCGAAGCCCAGCUGCCCCCUGGUUUCCGGUUCCACCCCACCGAUGAGGAGCUCAUAACUUACUAUCUCCUUAAGAAGGUCCUUGAUGGCAGUUUCACCGGCCGAGCUAUCGCUGAGAUUGACCUGAACAAGUGCGAGCCUUGGGAGCUUCCAGAGAAGGCUAAGAUGGGAGAGAAAGAGUGGUACUUCUUUAGUCUACGGGACCGCAAGUACCCGACGGGGCUUCGAACUAAUAGGGCCACUGAUGCUGGGUACUGGAAAGCUACUGGGAAGGAUAGAGAGAUCUACAGCUCAAGGACUGGUUCUCUGGUGGGGAUGAAGAAGACUCUGGUGUUUUACAAGGGGAGGGCUCCCAAGGGGGAGAAGAGUAACUGGGUGAUGCAUGAAUACAGGUUGGAGGGCAAGUUUGCCUAUCACUUCCUCUCCAGAUCCUCCAAGGACGAGUGGGUGGUCUCGAGGGUCUUCCAGAAGAGCGGCGGCGGCAAGAAGGCCCGCGUCGGACUCACCGGACUCCACUACUCUGAAUCAGCCGGCGUGUCCCCGUCCGCCUCCGUCCUCCCUCCCCUCUUCGACUCCUCGCCGUACGGCGCCGCAGCUGCCGCAGCGGGUGACCGGGAGAGCUGCUCCUACGAGAACACCGAGAGGGAGCCCGUGCCCUGCUUCUCCACCGUUGUUGCCACCGCCGCCGCCUCCAGCCUCGGCAACCACCUCCCGUCACCUCAGGCGCCGAACAUGUACGGCCGGAGCGCAGCCGGCUGCGUUGCGGGGUCCGUUUUCCCGAGCCUCCGCUCGCUCCAAGAUAACCUCCAGCUGCCGUUCUUCCUCUCGACGCCCGGCGGCGCUGCGGCUGCGGCUGCGGCGAUGGUCUGCGACGGCGGGGCGCACCACCGGGUGGAGGAGAUGGUUGGCAACGGCUGGCCGUCGGAUCUGGAUCGGAAGGCUGAGUUGGCCGGGAGGGCGCAUCAGAUGACGCUGGGCUCCACCGAGUUGGACUGCCUGUGGACCUUCUAAACUCUCUUCAUAUGCCGUCUUUUUGUCUGAAUGACCGAAAUGUCUCUUAAGGUUUUGUCGUGAUGACUUAUUACAUAUGUAUCAGUAUUCGGUAGUUU